UUUUCUCCAGCAAGUACAAAAAUCAAAGUUUCAUCAAUCUUUUCCCCCAGCUCCAGUUUUUCCAAUUCCCACGGCAAUGGCAAUGGCAAUGGCAAUGGCGGUGGCAUCGGCAUCGUCGCUGGCACUCUCUCCGGCAAUCGCCACUCUUCGUCGUAACAGGCCUUUACCGUCUCCCAACUGCAUCAUCGGUACCAGCAACCUCAACGCCUUGAAGUUUAGGACCAGUACUCGCGCCACCAAACGAGCCUCCGCAGAGCCCGACCUCCAAGUAGAAUCUCCCGUCGUCGAUUGCGUCGGCACCGGCCUUGACGUCGAGUGCGUCGCCGGGUCCGAACUCGAUCAGGACCUAUCAGCGAGACUCUCCGACUCGGCGGCCGCUUCUGGAACGUCGUCGUUGGCGGGGGAAGUGUGGGAAUGGGCGCUUCUGGUGUCGCCGUUCUUCUUCUGGGGCACGGCCAUGGUGGCAAUGAAGGAAGUCUUGCCUAAGACCGGCCCCUUCUUCAUCUCCUCGUUCCGCCUAAUUCCCGCCGGUCUGUUACUGGUUGCUUUUGCCGCCUCAAGAGGCCGGCCUCUUCCCUCUGGUGUCACUGCUUGGCUCGCCAUCUCUCUCUUUGGACUGGUAGAUGCCACUUGUUUUCAGGGUUUUCUUGCCGCAGGCUUGGAAAGGACAUCUGCGGGUCUGGGCAGUGUAAUUAUUGAUUCACAGCCAUUGACAGUAGCUGUACUUGCUGCCCUGUUAUUUGGUGAAUCCAUUGGAUUUAUUGGAGCUGCGGGGCUCAUUCUUGGUGUUAUUGGCCUUCUACUUCUUGAGGUACCUGCGCUUUCCUUUGAUGAUGGUAACUUUUCCCUGUGGGGAAGUGGAGAAUGGUGGAUGCUCUUGGCUGCUCAAAGCAUGGCAGUUGGUACAGUCAUGGUUCGCUGGGUUUCCAAGUAUGCCGAUCCUGUUAUGGCUACUGGAUGGCAUAUGGUACUUGGUGGACUUCCUCUUGUGGUGUUCUCCACUCUGAAUCAUGACCCUGCACUCAAUGGAGGUUUUAUGGAGCUUAAUUCAAAUGACUUGGUGGCACUCCUUUAUACUUCCCUUUUUGGAAGUGCAAUCAGCUAUGGUGUAUACUUUUAUAAUGCUACAAGAGGUAGUUUGACAAAACUCAGCUCCCUAACCUUUCUAACUCCAAUGUUUGCCUCAAUUUUUGGGUUCCUUUAUCUUGGUGAGACUUUCUCGCCUGUGCAACUCGUUGGAGCUUUUAUUACUCUGGGUGCAAUAUACAUGGUGAACUACAAGAAUCCUUCAGAAUGAACAUAUCUCUGAGAUAGGUGUACGUAAUAUGCACAUUGUGAAAGCAAGGAAGUAACAAGCUUGUGGCCGGGGUAUUUCUUUGCCAAAGGAAUAUUUGUUGGUUGCGUUCACACAUGACAGUCUGAAUAAGCAAAGAAGAAACGUGGAAACGGCAGGUUUGAAGGGUGCCUGCCAGACAUCAGAUUUAUGCUACUAUAAGAUGGGUUUCAAUGGUGUAAUGACUCUCAAAAGUUUGUCUUACACGGUUCCCAGGCAGUGAAGACCCAUAUAUAGUACAGUUACGAUACAGGCUGAAGCCUAGGGUCUGUGUUCUUAAUCAGUUCUUCCAUGGUAUAAUUGUUGCUUCUCUGAGAGAGGGUUUUUUUUUAUUUUUUUUAAAUCUGUUCUUUCCCCCAUGGUAGAAUUGUUGUUUGAAGGUGUUUUUUUCUUCUCUUUUUUUUGGUUUGUUUUGUUUCUAGAUCCUAGAAUGUUAUCUAGACGAUGUAAAGUGUCUGAUAAUUGUAUUUUUAACUUAUUGAAGCAAAUUGUGGAUGAUAAAUCUCAAAAUCAUAGCAGCUAGACCUAUUUCACUUCAUUUUUUGAUUGACUUGCCAAAA